GCUUUUGCUUGCUUUUUUCAGUGUGCUUUGGGAGAGGAUCAACAACCUUUUUCUUUCUCGUGUGAGGUGAGGAGAGAGAGAGAGAGAGAUAGAGAGAGAGAGUGAGAGAGAGCAAUGGAGGGCAAGGAAGAGGAUGUUAGACUAGGAGCAAACAAAUUCACAGAGAGACAACCCAUAGGGACAUCAGCCCAGACUGAUAAGGACUACAAGGAGCCACCACCUGCUCCCUUGUUUGAGCCAGGUGAGCUCAGCUCAUGGUCCUUCUACAGGGCUGGGAUUGCCGAGUUCAUCGCUACUUUCUUGUUCCUCUACAUCACUGUCUUGACUGUCAUGGGUUUCUCCAAGCCAAAUAACAAGUGCACCACAGUGGGUACCCAAGGUAUUGCUUGGGCCUUUGGUGGUAUGAUCUUUGCCCUUGUCUACUGCACUGCUGGUAUCUCAGGUGGACAUAUCAACCCAGCAGUGACCUUUGGUCUGUUUCUGGCAAGGAAGCUCUCCUUGACAAGGGCUUUGUUCUACAUGAUCAUGCAAUGCCUUGGUGCCAUCUGUGGUGCUGGGGUGGUAAAAGGUUUUGAGGGAAACCGUGCAUAUGAGACUUUGGGUGGUGGAGCCAACGUUGUGGCCCAUGGCUACACUAAGGGUGAUGGUCUUGGUGCUGAGAUUGUUGGCACCUUUGUUCUUGUCUACACUGUCUUCUCUGCCACUGAUGCAAAGAGGAACGCCAGAGACUCUCAUGUCCCUAUUUUGGCUCCUCUUCCUAUUGGGUUCGCAGUGUUCUUGGUUCAUUUGGCAACCAUCCCCAUCACUGGAACUGGCAUUAACCCAGCCAGGAGUCUUGGGGCUGCUAUCAUCUUCAACAAAGACCACGCAUGGGAUGACCAUUGGAUUUUCUGGGUUGGACCCUUCAUUGGAGCUGCCCUUGCUGCUGUGUACCACCAGAUAGUCAUUAGAGCUAUCCCUUUCAAGGCCAGGGCCUAAUGUUUUAGCAUCACUUUUCUCCCGGUGUUCUCCUCAUCAUUUCUUUUUAUUAUGUUACUUUGGUUUUUGUCCCUCCAUGUGAAUCUGGGUAUUGGAGUGUUAAUUAUGUGUGUAAAUUAUCUAGUGGUGCUGUAUUAAGCAUUGUGAUGCCUAUUGAAUGCAGAGAUUCUUUUUUACUUAUAA